CAAAGAUCGUAUAGCGCCGCUAUGCUAUACGAUCUUUGCUCCUAGAUAGGGAGCCAUCGGAUAAUAGUAAUGCUGUACUGAUAUCAAAAUAAAUCGCGGUCAAUAUAUUUUUUUGGUCAAGACCAACGUCAAACAGUGAUCACAGAAAAUGGAGGAGGUUAAUGAAGACUAUGAUGACACCCAUCAUUGCCUCAAAUGUGAUGCACAUAUCUCUGGUCUUCAAAAUUAUAUUCAGCACAGGAAAACUACUUGCAAUCGCCAAAUGGUCUCUCAGCCAACCCAGCAUGCAUCUUUGCAGCCAACAAUAUUGAAGACCACUUUGCAACCGUCCUCUUUGCAGUUAGAAUCAAACUUACAGAAUUCUGAGGCUGUUGAUGUAACAGAGAAAAUCGAAAAUGAUGUGAAAAAAAGCAGUGAGUCAGUAUCUGAACUGUUAAAUGACUUAUCAGAGGGCAUCUUAAAGGAAGCAGAAAAAAAGGUUGAAGAAUGUGUUGAGGAAAGUAUUUGUAGUGAGGGCAGUAUUCAGGUCAAUUCUAAAGAUGCAUCUCAACCAUCUGAAGUAGCUGCUGGGGAAGAGUCAGUAUCUAAACUGUUGUUAAAUGACAUAUCAGAGGGCAUAUUAAAAGAAACAGAAAAAAAUGUUGAAGAAUGUGUUGAGGAAAGUAGUUGUAGUGAGGGCAGUAAUCAGGUCAAUUCUAAAGAUGCAUCUAAACCAUCUGAAGUAGCUGCUGGUGAAGAGUCAGUAUCUAAACUGUUGUUAAAUGACUUAUCAGAGGGCAUAUUAAAGGAAACAGAAAAAAAGGUUGAAGAAUGUGUUGAGGAAAGUAUUUGUAGUGAGGGCAGUAUUCAGGUCAAUUCUAAAGAUGCAUUUCAACCAUCUGAAGUAGCUGCUGGUGGAGAGUCAGUAUCUGAACUGUUGUUAAAUGACUUAUCAGAGGGCAUAUUAAAAGAAACAGAAAAAAAGGUUGAAGAAUGUGUUGAGGAAAGUAUUUGUAGUGAGGGCAGUAUUCAGGUCAAUUCUAAAGUUGAAUCUCAAUCGUCUGAAGUAGCUGCUGAUGAAGAUUAUGAUUACAGUCGCUAUUUGGAAGCCAGUUUGCUCGGAAAUAUCAAUACUGAUUAUAGACAAACACGUGCAAACAAACAAAGUAUGAUAUUGGCAUCUAAAAAGGAAAAAGCUAAAUUAAACUUGGACGGCGUAGGUGAUGAAGAUGUUAAAGGAAAGAAUUACAGAAAGACGAGAUCUGCAAAUAAAAACUUUGUAUCACCACAAAAACAAGGAAAUGAUGAAGAAUCAACUGAUUCUAGUGAUGUCAUAACUGAUAUUGAGGAAAAUCAUGAAAAAAGUCCAAGUAGGAAUAAAUCUGUUAAAAAAAAAAUGAAAGUAAAACAUUCAAACCCAAAAACAUGGACGUGCCCAGUAUGUGCUAAAGUUUUGAGGGCACGUGCUGGCCCGGUGCACAUGCGCAUUCACAAUGGUGACAAGCCGUUUAAGUGCCACUUAUGCACGUAUGCUAGUGUUACGCAGUCAGAUAUGAGGAUGCACAUGAAACGCCAUCUUGGCAUCAAAGAAUUCAAAUGCACUGAGUGUGAUUAUGCCACCUCAAGAAAAAGUCUUCUGAGAACCCAUAACCAUCGUCACCAGAGAGAAAAAGGUCUUGAGGAUCUUCUUUAUCAAUGUGAUGAAUGUGGAAAGAGAUAUGCCACUAUGUAUGGCCUUAAGGGGCACAUCAAAGCUGUACAUGAGAACCAUCGACCGUUCACUUGCAGCUUUGAAAACUGUAAGUAUGCGUGUGUCAGCAAUUGCGAACUUCAGAUCCACAUACGCACACAUACUAAAGAAAAGCCUUUUCUCUGCACUCAGUGUGGCUACAAGGCCACAAAUAAGAAUCGUCUUAUGAGGCAUAUGAUAACGCACACAGACGAGAAACCAUUUAAAUGUGACUAUCCAGGCUGCACAUUUGUUGGCAAGACAGCUUUCCGUGUCACCAGGCAUAAAAAACAACAUGAUCCGGAGAAUCGAUUAUUCUGCCCGUAUUGCUCGUAUACUACAUUUUAUCUUGGUAACUUGAGGAAACAUAUAAAAAAUACAGCAAAGCACAAGAACACUAAAGUUUACCUAUGCGACAUCUGUAAGACAUUCAAAACAGAUGUGUACAAGGAUCUGAUCAACCAUUAUGAUGAUGCUCACAAAGGAGAUGUGGAGGUAACGGUGCAUUCUGGGGGAUUGAAGCUAGGCCAGUUCAAUAAUUCACGGCAAACAGAAGAUGUUAGCACCGAGGAUACAAUCGUUAUAAUUCCUGAAGAAGUCAUAGUAGUAGAAAAUAAUGUUGCAUUUUAAAUUUAACAGAAAAAUAUAGAGUACAGUACAGUUGCAUUGAAAGUAAUGCCGUAACCAGCUAAUGGGACUAUCCCACUUAAUUUUUCUUAAAUUUGUUUUUUUUUUGUUUUUUUUGCCUCUUUAAUUGGGUCCACUUUUAAAUUGUCGCACACUGUUUGAAAAUCCUGGCUACGGCAUUGUAAGUACUGUACAUCUUUUUUAAAACCCGAUCAAGUGCAGGCCUCCCUCACAUGAUCCGGUCCACUAUUGGGACCAGAGUUUUCAUUGUCUUUAUUUAGCAGAUUUGGUUUUUAAUUAAAAGAAUGAUAUCAAAAAGAUAUGAUAGGCAUUAAUUUGGGGCUGCUGACAAGUGGUAUUUAACUGGAGGGGCCUUUCAUUGGAGGGGUGACUGGAGGGGCCUUUCAUUGAAGGUGUCAUUAAUUAGAGGUAGACCUUUAAUAGGGAGCUUUUGAUUUGUGCGACGACGCAACGCUAGAACGAAAUCACUCAUGCGUGACCGCCCUAUCUGGCGUCCUACGUGUUGUGCAUACGUAGAUUUAGCCAAAUUGCGUUCCAGAAUCUACUCUACGAGGUGACCUUAACGUUCUUGCAUGUGCAGAUGACUUUUAGUGACGUCAUUACGUUCUACGUUCUACCGUCAUUGUGCAAUCAAAAGCCCUCUAUUAUUGUUAUGUAUUACACUGUACAAACGACUUUUAUCAGCAGGUAAUUAAAGUAUUAUACUUAAAAAUUAAAUGGAUCUAAUGUUGCUUAUAAAAUAUUGCCACACAUCCCCUACUGCAGCAUUCUGCAAACUUUUAAGCUGCAAUCACACUGGACUUAACAAAGGGAAGAUGUUAUUGAUACUCUGGGUAAAGUUCUAAUGGGUAGAUAUUACCGCUCUGUCCACUCUUGGAUUUUUUGAGUAGGUUAGUUUUACUGUGAGAAAUGGUAAAACUAACCCAGCGUUGAAAAUAAAGUAUUGAGAGCGCAAGUCUGUGAUAUCUCCAUUGAGUAGUGCUCGAAAGACUCGGAAAGUUUAACUGAGAUGCAUGUUCGCAUUGGACUAUUUUAGGACUGGGAUUUUAAAUUAUCAUAAUGCUUAUAGUACUGUAUUAAGCAACAGAGUUGAGCUAAUAGUUCUGGUAAUUUCUGUCAAGGCUUUGCAACCCACCAAAUAUAUUGGUGACCCAUCGGUAGAUCAUGAACCACUGUUUGUGGAAUAUUGCCCUACCACAUUGCACCCGUGAAGAUAAGCAUGUGUCCCGUGUAAUAUCCAUGUAAGGAAAAAUAAAACAUCAUGUUUUUAAAUCCUGUUUAUUUUUAUGAUAAAAUACUUCCAUUUUGAAAUAAUAUUGUUUUAUAUCAAGUCGGAUACUGUAGAGUAGCAAGUUGAUCUGGAAGGCUGAAUUAUUACAAUAAUACAAAUAUUUUGAUAUUUAUACAGUAUGUAUUAGAAUUGUUUUUCCAUACCUUCAAGUCAAAGAUCGUAUAAACACAAGAUAGAAUUCUCCGCAUUUUACGCGUGCAAAUUCGGUAAUAAUGCAUGAAAAGUGCCCUCUUGCAAAAUUGAAAACUUUUGAACCUUGAUCGCUCUGACCAUAGCGUACGCUGUGCGACUUUACGUUUACGCGUAACAAUUAGAAGUGUCCGAUUUGCAAUGCGCCCUCUGUUUAGAACAUAAGGAACAAAUUAACGUACUUGGUAACAAACUUAUGGCGUAACGCGAACACCCUAUCUCAGAUCCAUGGCAAAAACUAGGACGCCCUUUCCCAAAACUGAUUACUUUUCUGUGCCAAAUCGACGCUUCUAUUUGUUGCGCGUAAAUUGCGGAGAACGCUACAUCUUGUGUUUAUAAGAUCUUUGCUUCAAGUUAAGUUGCUCGUUGGCGCUGUACCGAUUUAGGUAACAAUAAAUUAAAACAAGGGAUUUGGGAAAGCCACAGACUUAAACCAAAAUCCCUGGAUCAAGAUUUAGAUUCUGUGAAACUCCGUUUCUUCUCUGCACUAAAAAACAACUACAGUACUGUACUACUACCAAGGUGGGAGGAUUGAGGGUCGGAAGGGCCACAUGCCCAGCAGAGAUGGUUUCUAGAUCAUCAUUCCAUCCUGUUUUUGAUUGGUGUACAUGCAGAAAUAUUAAUAUGUAACUGAUUUGAAAUGGAGGGGGCCUGGGCAGAGAAUAGAUGAAGUGUCCAGACUGUCAGCCCUAUUUGGAACAGAGGGACGAAAUUUAAUGUCUAUGGCACCUCUAGGUGGCACUUAAAUUUCAAUACAAUUUUCUUUUCUCUCCCUUUAUAAAAUUGUCAACAGUGUGGUGAGUCCCUUGAUAUUUUCCGCCUGUGGUAUAUACAUAACUUGCAUGCUAGCGAUGCACUAUAUGUCAAAUCCUUUUAUCUCAUUUUAUCAUAGAUUCCAACAUUUAUGAAAUUAUUUUUAAUAAAAAGGAAAUGAUAUUUUCUGUGAAUUAUGUCAAAAUAAACAGAAACAGAAAAAAUA